AUGAGAGGUUGCCUGGAAGAGGAAAGAAUGGCUUUGGUAGAGUUCAAAGCCUUCAUAAAAACAUUGGACGAGUAUCCAGAUGAUAGUCUAAUUCUAUGGGAUGUUAACGACAAUAAGAGUGACUGUUGCGACUGGGAGAGGGUUAAGUGCGAUGCCACCACUGGGCGAGUGAUGGAGCUCCAACUCUUCUAUGUGAGGCCUUGUUAUCCUUUUCCUUAUGGUCGAAGCGGCAUUCUUAAUUUUUCUUUGUUUCAUGCUUUUGAAGAACUGGUGAGCCUUGAUUGUCUUUCAAUAGAUUUGCUGGUUGGGUUUCGAAUGAAGGUUAUGAAGAAGGUUUCUGAAGUUUCAAGAAGCUGGAGAGGUUGA